AACCUGGUGAGCCGCCAUUCCAGACAUCCAUUGACCUUAUCCUCUGAUAGAACUAUUCUCUGUUCGCCUUCUAUUCCACUGUCCGUAGUUUGACAUUAAUUAUCACCUUGUGCUAAAACCAUUGUUGGAGAGCUUCAAAGAAAAUAGCCCAUCCUCGUUACAUUGCGAAGCAACGAAGACAAGAAGAAAACCCUAAAACACCAACAUAGCAGCAGCUACUCUCCACAAGAAAACAACGUUAACCCCCCUCCACGCCUACCGCAAGUUGAAUUUCAAGGCUUCUGCUAAUUAAGACCACAAUUGGGGAGCUUAAACCAGUUUGUGCAAAAAAAAUUUAGCGAGGGAUGACAGAAACCGAUAUGGGUUUUCUGUUAGAGAACAUGUUGCAGCUGAUAAACUCUGACAAUGAAUUGAUUCUCAAGGCUUAUGAGGAGAGAGUGGUGGAUAAGGAACACAUCAAAUUGCUUUAUGUGGAUAUGCAAUUCCUACUAAAGUUUCUGAAAGAUUCAGAGGGAAAACGAGAUGAGCAUAAAAAGUUGAAGAGCCUCGUGGCAAAGAUUAGAGAAGUCAGUUGCAGGGCAGAAGAUAUUUUGGAUUGGUUCGUACUCAAUGUUGUGUUGCAGAGAGAUGGAAACAUUACUGAUGAUUUUCCUCUCUACUUCAGUUCUUCCAAAAGUAUUGUCCACCUGGUUCGAAAAAUUUCUGACUGCCUUAAACCAUUGAUGACCGAUAUUGCUUCUAUGAAGAAAUGCAAGAGAGAGAUGAUGGAUAUUCUCUCAAGGUUUGAGUCUCACAUGGCUGGCGAAAUUCAUCCAUAUCUCUAUGAAGAUGUAGUUGAAGAUAUCAAGUUUAUGAUAUCUAUCAUCAAAGAGGCGGUCGAGAUUCAUGAGAAGGGCUCUAGUCUCAGAUGGUUUGAGUUGUCUCCCGAAGUUAAUUGCCUUAAUGGUUUGUACCAUAAGGUGCGUUUCGAGGCUGAGAUGCUUUACCGAUCUGAGAUAAUUCACAAUUGCUCUGACCAUGCCAGAGAAUAUUUCAAUCCUAAGGAGGCACAAGUAAUGGAUUGUUGGAAGGGAUUGAGGCUCACGAUUUUUUUAUCCAGAGACUAUUAUCUCCUCUUCAGAAGGCUCGAAGAGAUGGUCGACAUGGCAAAAAAAAUUUGUCAUGCGUUACCCGGUGUCACAAAAGAGAUCAAGCUCAUCAAGACUAAGGUGACAAAGAUCUAUGAGAGGGGGUCGAGUGACACAUGGCUUAAUUCUCUCGUGACUCACGAAUUCAGUUACUUCCUUAGUUUGUCUGAAGAGAUGCUUGACCUUGGUGAGAAAAAUUUUCGUAGCUUUGAUGGUGUCAUAGAAGAGAUUAAGCCCAUCAUGAUAGAGGUCAUGAAUAUUAACCAGAAGGGAUUGAGGCUGUCGUGGCUUGAGUCUCUUGUAGCUGAUCAAUUCCGUCAAGGGUUUGGUAUUAUCACAAAAGAGAUUGAAUCCACUAAGAGAGAGGUGAUGCUGAUUUAUAAGAAGAUGCAUGGCAUUGGCGUUUCGAAAAUUAGAAAGUCUUCCCAUGGAGCUUUGUCAAAACCCACUAGCUCCAUCGUCAACGAAGAUAUCGUAGUGGGCUUUGAUGAUGAAACAACAAUGGUAAUAGAACUGCUUACUGGAGAAUAUGCAAAGACUCUCAAAGUUAUAGCGAUUAUUGGGAUGCCUGGACUUGGUAAGACAACUUUGGCAAUGAAAGUGUACAACGAUCCUUUCGUUAAAUAUCACUUUCAUAUUCGUGCAUGGACCUAUGUAUCUCAAGUGUACCAGAGGAGAGAUUUGGUGAUUAACAUUUUGAGUUCUGCAGAUAUCCAGCUUAGAGGCAAAUUUGAUGGAAUGAGCGAAGAAGAGUUAGGCGAAGGACUAUACAAAAGUCUGAAAGCUAAGAAAUAUCUUAUUGUCAUAGAUGAUAUAUGGGAGUUGAAGGCCUGGAAUGGUUUGAAAAGAUAUUUUCCGAAUGACAACAACGGAAGCAGAAUUAUAUUUACCAGUCGACAAAGAGCUGUAGCUGUGGCUUUGCAUGCUCAACCUCAUUGUUUGCGGUUUCUAAAUCCAGAUGAAAGUUGGGAUCUAUUGCGUCAUAAGACAUUUCGAGGAGAAAGUUACCCUCCAGAGUUGGAGGAAAUUGGAAAGGAAAUUGCCAAAAAAUGUCAAGGAUUACCACUUGCAAUUCUUGUAAUAGCUGGAGUUCUUGCAAAGAAAGACAAAGUAAAGUACUGGUGGAGGCAAGUUGCUGAAAGUGUAAGUUCAUACAUUGUUACUGACCCAGAGCAAUGCAUGGACACACUGGCAUUGAGUUAUGAUCACUUGCCUUGUCACUUGAAACCAUGCUUCCUCUAUUUCGGAGCAUUCGUUGAAGACUCCGAAAUUUCAGUUUGGAAGUUGAUUGCAUUGUGGAUUGCUGAGGGAUUUAUACCACGAAAUCAGCCAAAAAGUUUAGAGGAAGUGGCAGAGGAUUUCAUGAUGGAUCUAAUUGAUAGAAGUUUAGUGAUUGUUUCCAAGAAAAAUUCUAAUGGUGGAAUCAAAGCAUGUCGUGUCCAUGAUCUUUUGCGUGAUUUAUGCUUGAGAAAAGCGAAGGAAGAGAAUUUUCUAAGCAUAUUUCGAGGUAUGGACCCAAAUGCAUUUUUCAAUGCAAAAAUGUCACGUCGCAUUUGCAUCAAUCCUCAUUUUCAAUAUUUAGCUUCUCAUGCUCACCAUAAAGUUGAUAUAUCUGUUCAUUCAAAUCAUGCUACUGAGAUCCGCUCUUUCUCCUCAACUUUGAAGUUAUCCGAGUCUUUUGUGUCAUCAUUUUGUGGAGUCUUCAAACUUCUUAGAGUGUUGAACAUAUCAUUCAUCAAAAUAUCCUCCUUGCCUGAGGAACUACAACUGCUAGUUCACUUGAGAUAUUUAUCAUUUUAUGUUGAGGAGCAAUAUUUUCAACCAUUGAUAUCCAACCUCUGCAAGCUAGAAACAUUUAUUGUUGAAGGAGGACCAACAGGUUGGUUAUCUUUUUCAUAUGAUAUAUGGAAGAUGGUGAAAUUGAGGCAUCUGUAUACGAAGCGGUUUAUUGAAAUCCCUUACGUAUUCAAUGAUGACCAUCAGUUUGUAUUGGAUGACCUACAAACCAUAAGUAAAUUAGAUCUUUGUGGUCUUGGUGAACAAGCCUUGCGAUGGAUUCCAAAUCUCAAAAAACUAACAUGUUCUUUUAUGGAGUCAUUGGGUGGGGAUAAUAUUUUUCCUAAACUGAAUUUUCUAAUACACCUUGAAACUUUGAAUGUAAGUUACGGUGGAUUCAGAGGACAUCUUGGAAAAUUUCCCCAUCUGAAUGAGUUUCCCCCAAAUCUCAAAAGCUUAACUUUGUCGAAUUUUCGUCUACCUUGGGAGGAAAUGUCAACCCUUGGAAGUUUACCUAAUCUCGAGGUUCUUAAAUUAUCAAAUAAGGCCUUCGAGGGACCACGGUGGGAAACAAGUGAUGGGCAGUUUCGUAAACUCAAAUUCUUAAAGUUUCAACGCCUGGAUAUUAAGCAAUGGAAUGCUUGUAGUAACCACUUUCCCAGCCUCCAAAUAUUGGUGUGGGAUGACUGUAAACAAUUUGAGGAAAUCCCAUAUGGUUUAGGUGAGAUUUUUACGCUGGAGAUGAUUCGGCUAUGGUAUUGUAGCAGCUCUGCAGCAUGUUCCGUUAGGCAAAUCCAGAAACAGCAACGAAGCAUGGGAUAUGAUGGACUUAAGAUCCUUAUCCACCCUGGAAAUAAUUUCGACAACAAUGAGGAUGAUGAAGAUGACAGCAGUUGACGCUGAUGAGGAUGAUAAAGGAUACAAUCUGUCAAUUAUUAUUAUUCUGUAAUACUAAUAAACCACUUUUGAAGACCCAUAGCAUUGUAGGUCUCCAUUCAUUUU